AUGCCCCGCCGGUCGCCCCCCACCCCCCUCCGCCUGCACGACGGCCCGCUCCCCCCGCGCGGCCAGCCCCGGCACACCCUCCCCUCGCUCCCCUGCCCCGCGUUCCACGCGCCCGCGACGGGCGCGGUGCCCGCGGCGGGCCCCGUCCCGCGCGUGCGCAUGUCGCACAAGGCGCUCCCCGAGCUCGUCAUCCCCGCGCUCGCCGCCGCGCCGGUCGCGCUCGCGGGCCCGUCCGCGUUCAGCGCGCGCGCCAGUGGGGUCGUCACCGGCGCGUUCGCGUUCGCGCACGGGCGCGAGGCGUCGCUGGGGUCGCUCCCGAGCUCGCCGUCGUCCGCGGGGAGCACGGGCCCGUCGGCGCGCAGGGAGCGGGAAAGGGAGCGGGAGUUCGUGCGCGGCCCGUGGGACCACUCGGGCACGAUCCAGGUGCCGUUCGACAUCGGCGCGGUGCUGCCGCCGCCGAUGCCCGCGGCGGUGGGCGUACGCGGGGAGGGGGAGAGUUUGGGCCUGAAGAAGGUCAGGGUUUGA